AAGCAAUCGUCGAGAGUCGACGAGUUUAUUAACAUUUAAUUAUCCAUUUUCUUAACAAUUCAAAAGUGUAUUUUGUUUUUUGUGUUCAAAUAACUAAGAAAUGAAAAUGAAAUUUUUUGCAGUCAAUAAUGUGGAAGAAAAUGAUGCAAAUUAUUGGAAAUCCUUGUUUCGGGAAGUGUUGGCAGAAUUUAUUGGAACAUUUAUGCUUAUGUUAAUCGGAUGUUCAGCCGGUGUGGCCACACAACAGAAUCCACACAAUGAACCCAAUAUUAGGGUCAAUCUUUGGACCGUCAAUAUAUGCUGGGGUUUCGGGGCUUUUGUUGGAAUUGCCACCACUUUUAAUAUAACAGGCGGUCAUAUAAAUCCAGCCGUUUCAAUCGCAAUGGCAACGAGAGGCAAAUUUCAAUGGAAAAAAGUGAUGCCUUAUAUAUUAGCUCAAAUGAUUGGCGCAAUACUCGGCACAGCGAUUGUAUAUUACGUUUACAUCGAUGUAAUUGAAUUACAAAACGAUCACAUUUUGAUACGAAAUAAUACCCAACUGAUGACAUACGGACAUUAUUUAAGUACCGGCAAAUUUUUCGCCACAUAUCCUCAGGAAUACUUAUCACUAUUUGGUUCUAUUGUGGAUCAGACCGUAGGAACGGCUUCUUUGCUCUUUGCUGUGUCUGCAGUGACUGAUGACAAAAACUUAAAUAUACCGAAAGCUUUGCAACCAUUUUGUUUGGCGUUUGUGAUCGCAAGUCACGCCAUUGCCUUCGGGGGCAAUACAGGCGCACCACUAAAUCCGGCCCGAGAUUUAGGUCCCAGAAUAUUCUCAGCAAUGGUUGUCUACGGGAAGGAAGCGUUUACAGCACUCGAUGGCAACUACUGGUGGUCGGGAGGAGUUGUCGGCCCUAUAAUAGGGGCAACAAUAGGCGUUUGGACUUACUUUCUAUUUAUUGAAUUACCAAAACCUAAGGAUAAGUGCGAUAACGAAAUGAACUCAAACGCCGAUCCGAUAGCGCAUAGAAAUAUUAAUUCAAUUUAUACUCUAAACGCAGAUUUGGAGAGAAAUAAUCAUAUGGUUAAGAAUCAGGUCUCAUAUGAUUGACAAAUAUAGGAUGCAAUGUAUUAAUAAUUAUACCG